CAAACAAACUCAACAGAACAAGAUGAAGAAGAAGAUUGAGUUUCUCAUGUUGUUACGUUCAAAAGUAGUGUCUUCGUUUGAUUGUUGACAGUGGAAGGUAUGCUAUUAUAUAUUUUUAAGUUUACUUUUUGUAAAGCUACGCGUUUUGAUGGAAAUCAAUUACUUGAAGGCGUAAGUUUAACGGUGUGCAACAAAGAUUGAGCCACCAGACCCACUUUCUAUGAUGGAGAGACUCUGCAACCUGGAAGAUGAGCCGAUCCCAAGUUUCCUGUCAGAGUCCCAGGGCAGCAGCUGUGCUAAUGUCACAUUGGGUUCAACUCCUGGGCUGCCAGUGGCUGCAUCGACAUUGGCUAAAGUUAGACCUGGAGUGGACAUACACAACAGGGUAGAUGCCAUUGAGGCAUCUUAUUUGGGGAAUGGCCAGCUUUUGCAGGAGUCCUCUUAUGAAGAUAAAGGCAAAUUUGCCCUUAGUUUCAUGGAUAACACGGAAAAUGCUGAUGACUUCAUUGCAGCCCACCGUUUCUCAGACAUGCUAUUGAAGGUGGAGCUGGAUGAAUCCAGAUCAAAUGUCUUCACACUGGGUUCUCUCUCCCAGGCUUCAUGCCUCCCUGGACAAUCCACAGAGCCCAGAACUGAUAAGUUCUUACACAUGGGAAACAAGGAUUUUUUUAAGGAAAAGGACCUAACCCUCUUUGCAACAGUGGAGAAAGAGAAUCUCGCCAGUACGGAAGGAGACGACUGCUGCAGUGGCAAUGACUCCAGUUUCUUAGCCAAUGAAAAGCUCAUGUCUUUGGACAGCAUGGUCAUGGAUAUCACUGAUGAUGAGAUUGAUAUGAUCCACAUGAAUGAUUACAAGCUGGUUCCUCCGGCCAUGCAGCGAGGUCAGGUGGAGGGUCAGGAGAUUCCUGCUGAGGACUCCCAGAUGCCGGAUGUGCGACUGGCUGCCACAGGGAUGGACUCCUGUCCUGCCAGUGAUGAGGAGGACACUGAGGACGAGCUGGAGGAAGCCAAGAGGCGGAGCUUCACCAGGUCCCAUCUGUUGCCCAGCACCUUCCGACAGCUGAUUGGAGAGAGCAAUCGUCCCAACUUCAGACCGGGGCUUGAGGGAGGCAGUUCUGAUGAUGAGUGCCUCUCCGGUUGGAAUGCUCAUCGUUCGUCUGGAAUCGAACACCGGCACUCAGCGGAAGGUCAGGUCAUCAACUCGUCUGUUCCAGGUGAUGGAGGAGGGGGUGAUGGAAGCAGUGGGAGUGAGGAAAGUGUGAACAAUGAAAGGCUGACAGCCACCUCUCUUCCUACCCACACCGGCGUUCAGACAACCUAUGACAUCCUGCGAGGGCUUGGCAUUGUGGGUAGUGGUGGAGUUGGAGAGGAAAGUGAUGAUCUGCACUCCCUUCCAGGACUGGAAUACGAUGGCUUACCAAGACACAGUGAGAUUGGGGACCGUGUGGGUCCAGUGGGAACGGUAGAAGCCACCUCCAGACUCUGGGACUUCUCAGCCACAGCCCACCACCAGGGCAGCUGUGACUGGUCCCAGGUACUGCCCUCUGACUGUGGCAACCAGAACGAUAAUAGUGACGAUGACGCUGAGGGGGUGGAUGAAGGGGACGGUGCCAAGCCUCCCCUAGGGAUGAGAGGGGGACCUUUGGGGGACUCUGUACCAGAGCCCUCGGACAGCCAGACUGAGGAAGAGAAAGCUCUCUCCACUUCCUUGGAGCCCAAGUACUUCUCUCAAAGCUUCCAUCAGGAGCACUCAGACGAUGGCUGGAACCUCUGCCCUGACACCAUAGCAACGGAGCUCCAACAAGGUGCCGAUGAAAAUGUAGUGUACCAGAAUGAAGAGGGGAAUUGGGUAACUGAUCUGGCAUACUACUCCUCCUUUGAUAAAGAAUUUGAUGCAAACAUGCCUGUAAAAAACACAGAGCAAUUUAAGGCUGAGGACUUUCUUCCUGCAAGUAAUGCCAUUGACAAGAUCAUCAAAGACCAGGAGGAGUUUGAGAAGGAGCACCAAUUUAUGCAGGAGGAGCAGAUUGAGGUGGCCAACUGCAGCCCAAGCCAGUCAGACAGCUCCUGGAAGCUGCCGGCAAGUGGACACAUCCUGAUGAGGGCCUCCCAGGUUUCCUCAGAGUUUGAGACGGGAAACCAAAGUUACCUGCGACUGACCCUGGGGGAGUUCUUUCAGCAGCGGUCAGAGGCUCUGGGUUGCCUUGGGGUCAAUGAGGAAGAUGGAGUCAGAAGGCCUUCCUUUGGUUACAUGAUUACCUCCCCAGAAAAGAGAGAGCCGUUUGCUCUGAUCCGCCCUUCUGACUUUGCCUCAAGAAACGUCUCUGUUCAGAGUGAAACAGUGCAACUUACUGAUGCAGACCACACCAUGAUUGCUGAGGACUUGGAAAAGACUUUAGAGAAUCCCUCACACCACAUGUCUCUAAAGGAGACAGCUGAUCCAGAACCUUCUCAAAAAGAUCAAACUUUGUCGACUCACCACCCUGAUUGGUCAGGUGUUGCGGGGUUGGGGUCAGCCAACCAGACCUGCAAUUCACCUGGCAACACAAGUCACCAGAUGCUGAGUAUCAGCUCUAUCGCUUCCGCCAUCAAUGACGCCUCCAUUAGCACCGAUCCAAACCAGCUGGCUGCCAUGAUCAUGGAGCUGUCCAAACGAAGACGCAUCAAAGGCCAGAGCAGCAGCAGCAGCAGCAGCAGCAGGCUGAUAACUGGUUCUAGUUCUGAUGUGCCUUUCUCUCCCUUGGAGAGACAGAACCAGGUUCAGAGGGGCCAGUCUGGCCAGAGUUCCCUGGUGGAUGUUCUUCAGAGGACCACCUUGGCUGGGGAAGUCAACAAUUUUGACAUGGAAAAGUACUUGAAGAAGACCGAUGUGUCCAGGAGUAGUGAUAGCGAGACAUCGGGAUCCCCUCCUAACUUUGAACUGCUGAGCCUGGGGGCAGACAGCCUCCACAUCUCCCUUCAGGACUGCCAAGCUUCCAUCCAGCAUGCGAAACAUGGCAUCUCUACUCAAAGCGACAGACAGUCCACCACCAGUUGUAAAGCUAAAGACUUUGUCGGAGCAAAUGGUAAUGCAUGUCAUGAUGCUACGUCUAAUCGUUCCAGUCAGAACACCGUAGACACUCCAUGUAACAGCAGGGACUCCAGGAGACGUUCUUUUCCUACCAGCUGCAUGCCGACUGCAUCAACCAAUCCCGGUCCAAGUUUUGUUGACUCACGACAGCCCUCGACAACCAAGUCAGCUGGAAGUGAAAAUGAACUGAUGUCUGCAAGCUGCAAUGACAGGCAUGAUGUGUUUCAUGGUUUUGUGGGCCCGGCCGCUGCAGGCAUGGAGGAGAACCGGUCCUUUAGGCCCUCCACCUCCCCUCUUACACACUCAUCCCCCAGCCAGACAUCCAUAACCAGUGCUGAUGGUAGUCAAGUGGCUGACACACUCCACUGUGAGACGUCCCCUCAGACCACCUGCUCUAGCAUCAGCAGGCUCACCUACAUCUCCCUCAACGACAGCACCUGUCUACCCACCCCGGACAAGCACAAGAAAAAUGGGACAAUGUCACUGAGCACAACUAUCGUCAGAGCCAGUCCCACUCCACCAUUGGAACAGGAGGCCCAGAUGGUACCUGCCAACGCUUGUGGGCUACACCAAAGCCACGGCUCUCCGCGCCACUCCAAGAGCCCGGAUCAACAACGUAAUCACUCUAAAAGCCCUGACCUGCGAUGUUGCUUUUCACUGGGCUGCGGGCGUAGUCAGAGUGAGUGUAACAUUCACACUGGGACCAACGACAUGGGGUCAGCAUAUGGGCCACACAAGCACACCACUGACCCAGGCGUGUGCCAGCUCAGAAAGGUUGACUCGGGCUACUCCAGUAAUUUGAAUAUCCAGCAACCGCUCAACAUGGUGAGACCACCCUCCCAGCAGUGGACUGGUAUGCCGGCCCAGCCAAGUGCCUUUCCUGGAGGAGGCUUCGGUCUGUCCCCCACCUACCCCUCAGAGGACCUGCACCACAUUCCCAUCCCCAGCUGCAAGCCUCAGGGAGCCCUGGUCAGCUUCUGUCCUUCACGUGGUCUGUUCAGCUCCCAGCUGUCUCAGCAGUAUCUGGGGUCAGAGGGAUUCCUGCAACCUGAUUCUUACCACUUAGGGUUAGGCAGUAGCCUGUACAAAGUGUCUUCGGCUGGACCUCAAGGUGUUGAAGCCUCAAUGAGACACCAUGUCCAAGGGUCUAUGGACGCUGUACAUGGAGGUCUGCAUGUCGGCUACCCAAUCCAUCACUCCCACCACAGCCAGCAGGACCCAGGCAUUCUUCUAGGGAAGCCCUACAGUCAUCUCCGAGGGGGCCCCUGGACCUCUGGAGGCCUUCCUGAACUCAGAGAUGAAGUGGUGGUUCCAGAGGAGCUCCGUUUCCCCCAGGCCUGCUGUGUGGGCAUUGCCUCUCAAACCUCCCUCAGCCUGUUCAACCCUUCAGAGCGAUGGCAGCAAGUCUCCAUUUCCCUCACCAGCUUCUCAAUAGAUGGAAAAAUGGUCGACAGCCUGCCUUACCAGUUGCUGAUCGUCAAGAACAAGACAAUCAUUGGGCCCAGGAGCACUGAAGAGCAGAAGAUUUUGUUUAUCCCUCCACAGGCGGGGGUCUAUCAGCUUGUUCUUAGUGUGGCUUCUUGGCCUGCCUCCUCUGAGGCUUACCCUGCCUCACGGGCUGAGGUAUUUUCAAAAAAGGUGGUGCUCAUGGCCAUAGCUGAGAACCCAGCUCUGGAGAUAGAUGUUGGUAAAUCUGGUAGUCUGGACUUUGGAGAUCUGGCAGGUGGCAGUGCCAAAGCUCUUCCUCUGAAACUCUUCAACAGAACCCACGCCACCUUGCCCCUCCGCCUGGUCAUCAGUGCAAAUGCAUCAGCCAGACGCUGCUUCACCCUCUCCAAGAGUCCGGUUGGCAUGAAAUCUGAGGAGAUGCUUCUGGCAGAUCACGCCACCACUCCAAGUGCUCCAUAUUUGAUUAAUCAUGUAAUGCACGCUAGCUAUGGAGAGAAUCCUGAGUGCUUCAUGGUGUGGGUUCACUUUCAUGCGCCACAAAAAUAUGCCUCUUGCACAGGAGUACUGGGGCCACCUGAUGAACACAGUGCUCGUGUGGACAUUGAGGUGGAUUGUCCUGGUGCAAGUCACUUAAUCACGAGCAUCCCUCUCAGUGCGAGGUCAGGGACAGCCAGGGUACAUACUCCCAAAGACCUACAGACUGUGUACCUCUCUGCUUUGUUUGGUAAAUCGAGCCAGCAGACUCUCCCACUAAAGAACGCCGGCAAUAUUGAUGUGCAGCUGAAGCUCAAGAGCAGCGAUGAUGAAGACUUCUCAGUCAAACCUGACGAGCUGUCUUUACGCACAGGAGAGGAGCAAGGCAUUGUGAUCUCAUUCUCUGCAAAGGGUUAUAAGAAGUACAGGGAAAGUGUUUUGACGAUCCUAGUGCAGCCAUCAGGCCCUCAAUAUGAGGUGAUUUUGAAAGGAGAGGUCAUUCAGGAGAAUGACGUGAAGACUAACUCAUCGUCCAUGGAGCCCAGUGUUGUGCCACCUAUUCUCUCCAACAAGCAGUUCAUGGCCUGGGGAGGGGUCACUUUGGGCAGAGCUGUACAACAGAAGCUGGUCCUUCGAAACAAUUCUCUGCACACAACACACCAACUGCGUUUGCUGAUCAGAGGACAGGAUCAGGACUGCUUCCAGCUUCAGAGCAUGUUUGGGUCUGAGGAGCGUCUGACUCGACACAGAGAGCUCUCCAUCAGGCCCAGAGAGGACACAGCAGUGCACCUCCUCUUUGCCCCCACUAGAGUGGCCUGCAUGCUGGCCAAGCUGGAGAUCAAACAGUCUGGGGUCCGACCCUCUCAGCCUGGUGUCAAGUUUACUAUUCCUCUUUCAGGGUACGGUGGCACCAGCAACAUCAUCCUUGAGGACUUGCGGAAGACGUCCGAUGGCUAUGUGACUACGUUAACAGGUGUGGCUGCAGGCCAUGUCAGCAAGGUGUGUGUGUGUGUGAGGAAUACGGGAUCCAGGGCAGCCUUCAUCAAAGCUGUGGCCUACUCCGACCUGCAGAAACGAACUGCCGCAGAGCUCACGCUUAUCAGCCUCUCGCCUUCACAGUUCAUCCUCAAGGAGAGGACCCAGGAGGUGAUCACAGUGCUGAUGAAGUCUACUCCAAGGGAGCAGGCCCAGUGUCAAUCUGACAAUGCUCUUCUGGCCACCAUCUGUCUGUUCUGUGGAGACGAGGUGUCCAGACACCAGUUCAGGAAGUUGCUGCUCAGUAAGCCGAAAGCUGCGAGCAAUAUGCUAUCAGAGAACAGCCUGCUGAAGGACCUCAACUUUGAUGAAAGGUUCCUGGGGGAGGAGAUGGUCAUGGAGGCCUACGACCUUCCUCAGAGACCCAAUGAGGCCCAGAUCUUCUUUAGGAACAUGAGCAAAGUGGUGCUGUUGCUCCUGGGUAGUGUGGAGACCUCGGACUCGGGGGAGAGUGACGUCAAUGAGCUGCAACAGCCCUUCAUGCAGCUGAGCACCGAGUCUGGCAGUGGUUUUUCAGUGGACCGCCACAUCAGCAAUGUGUCUCUAGAUGUGCUGCCAGUGAAGGGCCCUCAAGGGCAGGCUCUAAAGGUCAUGGAGCCCUUCCUGAAAGAGAAGUGUGAAAGAAUCCUUUCACCCAGUGUGAAAGAAUCCUUGGAGUCCUGGAGCAUCCAGCCCGAGCAGCUGACCCUCACCACUGCCAUCCUUAAUGGACAAACCAACACCGGGCACAUUCAGAUCCAGAACCAUUCAUCCAGAGAGCUAAGCUUUGAGCUGUCCUGGCCGGCCCACUGCCUGACCGUCACACCUCAGCAUGGAGUCAUUGACCCAAAGUGCCACCUGCAAAUUAUGAUCAGUCCCAACCCCUCACUAUCAACCAAGUCUGCCUUGCUGCCAUGGAGUGGGCAAGUCUACGUCCAUUGUGACAACCAACAGAAGUUAAUUAAAGUACAGAUCCGUCAGGAUCUGGCUUUGGAUGUGUCCAUCGCCCCAGUGGAUAGAAGUCUCUCAGCCUUGCCCCCCCAGGCUGCCACCCCCCUGGUUGACCCGGUCAGACCCCAGGACAACCUGUUGGAGAUCACCAACCGCACAGUCAUCUUCUCCACCACAGCUUCCGGGGAAACCUCAGAGUCCUUUCUGGAAGUGAAAAAUGGGGAAGAAGAGGUCAGGUGGUACAUUUCAUCCUUUGCCCCUCCGUAUGUUAAGGGGGUGGACAACAGUGGGGAUGUGUAUCGGGCAACUUACACGGCCUUUAGAUGCUCCAGGGUGUCUGGCAUACUUGGACCAAGAGAGAAGAUGCAGGUGCCUGUCACCUUCAUGCCCAGAGACCGGGGGGACUAUGCCCAGUUCUGGGACCUAGAGUCCCACUCUGUGACAGACCCCCAGCAUAAGACUAGGAACCGCUUUCAGUUCUGUGGCACGGGGUUGAAAGCAGGUCCAGUGACGGGGCCUCAGGAAGGGGACUGCUCUUUGGUAAAAACUGAAGCCAUCGGUAAGACCAGGAAGCGAGCAGAUGCCUCUACAGUCAAUACUUGCCAGGAAGAGAGCCCACAGAGAGGAGUUUACAGUCCUAAGGACAUGUACGUCUUCCCAGCCACCCGGGUGGGUGAGUCCAGUACCCUAAAGGUUAACCUCCGCAAUAACUCCUUCGACACGCAUGAGUUGCGGUUUGUGAACCCCAAGGAGCCAUUCCACAUCAAGCAUUCCAAAUAUUCCUUACGAUCUCAACACUACAUCAACCUGCCAGUUCAAUUCAAACCAAGCUCAGAAGGAAAACAUCUCAGCUUGCUGCUCAUACAAUCAGAAACAAGUGGAACCAUCUCUAUCCACUUGACUGGUGAGGCCUUGCCCUGAGCUUCCCAGUUGCUCUGAGUCACUGGCUUCUUGCCUGUGAGUGUUCUCACACUGAGCUACUCUGACCAGUCAAGACCACACCAGAAAAUACAUUUCAUUUGAAUUCAGAUCACCCCUCCAUCUACUUUUGAAAUAUGAAGGCAUCUUCAAUGAUGAGAGGUCAACUUAAUUUCAUGAGCGUUGAACAUGAGUCUGACUUUCGGUUCAUUGAGAUUGCAAGGGUCAGUCGAUUCUCUAUAAAAUGGUUGUGCCUAAUGUUUUUUUUUUACUGUUUAAUAAAGACUAACCUUUUAGCCUUUGUAUUAGAAAUGGCAAAACUCAUUGUUAGAUAUGCAUAUAUUUAUGUACAUUUUAUAAAUAGCAAGUUGAUGAAAUAAAGAUCAUUAUGAUGAACAAUC